GAUAUCAAUAAUUUAUUCAUUUUUCAAACAUCAUUUAUAAUACAAACAAAUGAAAAAAAUAAACAUGUAUGGUCUGGGUGAGCGAAAAAUAACCAACAUCUAUGAUUUUAUCUAUCAAAGUCGUCACCAUCCACCAUUCAGUAAAAAUGUAUCUACUAAUUAAGUAUAACUUACACUAAAAUUCUAAAUGUAAACAAAGUCGAAUCAAAAACCGCGCGAUCAAUUAGUCGAUCUUCCAAGCUACUUCGAUUACAGACACGUACAAAUAUUCGAGAUUCCGCAUUUGCGCGAUUCCGGUUGAUACAGCAAGAAUAUAGACCGAUACACAUGCACUUCAUAUUUGCUCUUCAUCACCUGUAGCAAAGUCGAGGCCACGCGACGUGUAUACCAUUUUUCCGCUUGUAAUUUACAAUUCAUCGAGCGAAACUCGCGCGCAAAAAAAAGAACCGAGCAGAGGAAAACGAUAGCAGCGAGCCGAUGAUCAAAUAGAGACAGAAAGUCGAGUCGCGUCAGAUAAGACUCUGAGCCAGAGACAGAAGUCGCGAGGAAAUGGAUAUUCCGUAGAAGCGCUCGAGAGUAUGGCCGAGUUCGUCAAGAGAGGCAGCGUACAGCUGAUGGUCAAGCGUAGCAGUGUUCAGAUAAAGCAGGCCGCGAAGGAGGUGCGAGCUGCGGUACGAGCUCGGCACAUAGUAGCGGCUCUGGUAGCGGCUGGCUUUGCGCUGUCCGGUGCCGUGGAAACGAGCUCGUCAGUGGCUUUGCUUGCAAACCAGGAGGACAACCACGCGAUCAUAGAUACGUCAUGGCACUGCGACAUGCUUGUCAACAUCUCUAGCCGCAACCGCACCGAGGACGCCGAGGUUAUCCUUAUGGAGUUGCCGCAGGAGGAGCGCGCCGAGUCGAUAAUGCGCGAAGCCUUCCUCUGGGGACAAGUGGCUGGACCAAUAUUAGGUGGUUGUCUUGUCUGGGGCCGAUCCGGGCCGUCGAUGGUGUUUUCCAGGGCGGUACUGAGUGCCUGUCUGGCUUCUCUGCUGGUACCGGCUGCGUGGAGAGGACCGUCGCAUGUUGCGCUCAGGCUGUUUCAGGGUCUUUGUACGGGAGCAACAAUGCCCGCUGCUCACAUGCUCGCCAUGACGUGGUUCAAAAGUACACAUAGGAGUUGGUAUUUUAGUUGCUAUGCAGCUGUAAGUGUAGGUUAUUGUUUGAUGGGAUGGAUCGGGACGGCGGUAGUGCGAGCUUUCGGUAGAGACUCAUUGUGCUACGGUCUCACGAUACUCGCAUUGUGUUGGUACUUCGCGUUUGGUCGUUUCGUCAAAGACAGUCCUAAAUCUUAUCAACACGAUACUAAUGCGGCAGUAAUACCAUGGGGAAAGUUACUGAGAUCCGUUCCGGUCUGGGCGUCCGCUGUCGCGACAAUGGGUAACCAAUGGGGAGACGCCACUCUCGCUCUCGGAAUGACGAAGUAUCUCAAGCUCAUUUAUGGAUUCUCAACCGCUAACGAUUCCGUGUUGACGACGCUGCCGCACAUCGGGCACUUUAUGGCGGCACUCACUUGUGGUUUGCUCGUUGAUCACGUGAGAGAAUCUAAAAUUGUCUCUACUACCACGGCGAGAAAACUCGUUGUAUACACAGCACACUUCAUUCCCGCUGCGCUGCUGUUCGUCGCGGGUUACGCGGGCUGCCAGGCGCUGGGCGCCGCCUGGUUGGGUAUCGCAGCCCUGCUGGUGAGCGGCACAGCUCCAGCCGGAGCCCUCGCGGCUAUCGCCGACCUGGCGCCCGCCGAAUCUCCAGCCUGUGCAGCUGCAGCCUGCGCACUCUGCUCGACCCUCGGGGCAGCCGGCCUCCUCGCCGCCAAUUACUUCGUCACUCAAGCGCUCCACGGAUCCAUCGCAGGAUCUUGGCGCCUGGUAUUCGGUGUGGCCUCGAUAGUCUUGCUUUUAACCGCUGCAGUCUUUCUGGCCCUUGGCAAGGGUGUACCCCAACCCUGGAUACCCUCCGUAGCACGACCUCGUAGCCAUGACGUCAUUUACGAGCACGACGUGCUCGAGCUGGAUUACGAAGACGUCGGCGUACAAACCGAGCCCUACAACCCCUACGAUGCUGAGGAAGAAGAGGAGAAGAACACGAAGGAGGAGCAGAAAGAGGCGACAUCGGUACACUCGACGAUCUCGGUCAUCAACGAGUAAUGAUGUGAUUUAACUUUUGUAAUUAAGUUGUUUUCGAGAAUCUGAUCUGUUUCUAUUAUGUAACUUAGAGAUUUUUUAAAUCCAUAUAUUGACAUUGGUUAUUCACAUUCAUAUAUUUUUUAUAGUAAGUCUCGAUGGUGAAAUUUUUUAGUAUAAUUGAAUAGCUUAUAGCGAAAGAACAGCUCUAUCAUUUGAGUAUUGAUAAUAUUUAGAAACAAAAGCCGAGAAUUAGUUAUGUAAACGAAUUUGUAAAAACUAUUUAUACAUUAAUAAUUAUAGGAUGAUAGAUCCGAUAUUAUAAUAUCGGAAUAUGUAAAUACUUCGAAUACUUGAAAUUUCUAUAAUAAUUAUCAAAUAUCAUAAUGUAUGAACGUUAUGAUACUCUAGUAUUAUCAUAAUAAUCAUUAUUAAUAUUACUUGUAGAUCUUAAUUUGCCAAUAUUGAAAAUAUAUUUUGAAUUGUUGCUUACGUU